CCACAUGUCUACAAAAGUCAAACAAUAAAUAGGCAUGCCAUGUCACAUUAGGACGAAAUUUUGUUUUUACUUUUUAAGUGGUGUGAACUGUUAUCGCGAUUCCGUGCGUAUUUAGGAAUAUUUAUUGAUAUUCUCAAUGCCAUCAAAGAAGAAAAAGUACAAUGCUCGAUUUCCCGCGGGGCGGAUCAAGAAGAUAAUGCAAAGCGAUGAGGAAGUCGGAAAGGUGGCACAAGCGGUGCCGAUUAUAAUCUCUAAAACGCUUGAACUUUUCGUGGAAUCCCUUCUGGAGAAGUCAUUACGGAUUACAACAUCACGAAAUGCAAAAACGCUUUCACCAUCGCAUAUGAAACAAUGUAUUAUGGCAGAAAGUCGUUUCGAUUUUCUUCGUGAACUUGUCAAAAACAUCCCAGAUAUAAGUGUUGCCGAAGAAAUUGCACACGAUAAUUCUCCAGGGCCACCCACGUUAGGUCAAAAUGAAGCACCAUAUGAUCUUAGUAUGCCGUCGACUAGUUGUGGUAUUACAAUACAGGCGUCACCAUCUACUACCAAUGGGAAUCCUCGAAACGGACUCCAAAUGCAUGCAUCUAUUCCACCCGUACAAAGAUCAGUGUCUGUUCCUAGUGCAUCACGAGCUGAACUGAAGCGACCAUACUGCGAGUCAGUAACUGAAUACCCUUCAAAAUUUUCGGCAAAUUUUUACAAGGAGAAUUCAGUGAUACAACACACUUCAAAUUCAGAUGUAUCACCGCCGAAAAUUCGAAGAACUGAUUCGGAAUCUGCUGCACAUUCAAUCAACCUACCAGCAACACAAACCACAAUUCGAAGACUUCAGCAUCAAUCGAAGUCAAUUCCCUGCACAUCCAAAGAGUCACAGCAACUUCAAUCGCCACUGCAAUCGCAAUCACAACCGAUUAUCACGCCAGCGCCAAUAAUUAAUGUAGAUAUCUGUAACAAACCUAUCGUUAAAAUAGAUUAUAGUAAUUUAGCUUUACCUGACAAAGAACCAACUGAGUGUACAACAAAAGAAGAUAAAAGUAAAAGUUUAACAUCAACAUGCAUCAGUCCAGUCAUAAAUAUAGACUUAUCCAACUUUCAGAGUGUUGCAAAAGACAAAGUAACAAAACCGACAUCCACAUUAGAUUUGGAUGAAGACUAUGACAAUAUUUAAAAUUGUUUAUUUUUUUUAUUUCAUUUUUUUAUGUUUGAAGAAUAAAAAAGAAUGUGAUUA